CUCUCAGUACUUCUCUCUGUGUGGUCCUAUUUUCAAACCCAUUUCUUUAUGAUUUAAGUUGUUCUGCGUAUUCCCUAUGAUUUGAGUUUUCAGGUCACGCCAUUGCUGUGAUGCCAACUGUCCUUGAUUUGGUCUCUGGUCAUUUCAUUUUAAGUUUCAUUCAUGAAUUGGGUUUCUGGUUUUGUAUUGACUUUUCAUCAAAAUUCAGGUUGGAACCUUAUUGGCUUAGAUUCUGGCUUGUUGGACAAAUUUAGAGUUUGAAUGUUGAUGGGUGUCUGGUUUUUCAACUUGUGUUUCCGUGGAGAUUUAGAGUGAUAAAUUUUCUUAACAACGUAAAUUUCACUUGCUGAAAAUUGGGGUGACGUUAGGGGGAAUAAUGACCCACAACAGUAUCUACAGUAGCUUGAAUGGUGCUGAUUUUCAUCUGCCCGAUGAGAUUCUUUCGGUCAUUCCAACUGACCCAUAUGAUCAGCUCGAUUUGGCUAGGAAGAUCACAUCAAUGGCCAUUGCCUCGCGCGUCUCAAAGCUUGAAUCAGAGGCAGGGAGGCUGAAGCAAAAGCUUGCUGAAAAAGAUCGGAUGGUUUUCGAACUUCAGGAGAAGCUUGCACAAAUGGACCAGAUUCUGCAGGAGAGUAAUACACGCUUGCGGACUGCCCUUGACGAAAAUAUCAAACUUUCCAACGAGAGGGACACUCUCACCUUGACCACGAAAAAAUUGAAUAGGGAUCUGGCAAAGUUGGAGACCUUCAAACGGCAGCUUAUGCAGUCUCUGAGUGAUGAUAGUACAUCACAAGCAGAAACUGUUGAUAUUGGGACGUGUGAUCAGUCAGUUGCCAAAUCAUCUGUUGCCACUUCUGUAAAGGAUGAGGAGUCGGACAGUUACAGUUCGACAAUGCAACUCCAGAGGGUUCCUUCAACAGAUAUGGGCAAUUCCGUUCAAGAUGCAUCACGGCAAUUGGGGCAAAGGUUUUCUAUAACACCAUACAUAACACCACGGCUUACUCCAACUGGAACCCCUAAAGUGGUAUCGACAGGAGCUUCCCCCCGAGCUUUAUCAGGUGCUGGCUCUCCAAAAGUAGCAUCUGGCUCAACUUCACCAACAAAAUCCCACUAUGAAGGGAGGUCAAACUUCUCAUCUUGGUACCCACCAAGUCAGCAAUCCUCUGCCCCGAGCUCUCCCCCUUCUGGACGUGCUAUUCCAGCCCGCACUCCUCGCAUUGAUGGGAAGGAGUUCUUUCGUCAAGCCAGGAGUCGUCUAUCUUAUGAACAGUUCAGUGCAUUUUUGGCCAACAUCAAGGAGCUCAAUGCCCAUAGGCAAGGCCGAGAGGAAACUCUGAAGAAAGCGGAAGAAAUAUUCGGCCAAGAUAACAAAGAUCUUUACUUGUCCUUCCAAGGGCUCCUCAAUCGAAGCGCAUCAUAGGUUUUAUCUUCAUACAUGUGAAACAAAUUCAUCAUAUUAGUCAAUGAUUGGGAUGCAAGACAAUGUAUGCAAUCCAUCGGUUGAUUGGCUUUGGAUUUCAGUUUUGAAAGGAGGAAAUGUUUGAUGCUGAUUUUGAGUGCAAUUGCUAAGUUGAAUGUGAUCUAAGUUUGUUUUUAUAGAAUGGAAAGGCAUGAUAAUGUUUGCCUUUUUCAAGGAUAAUACUUUUUUUAUUUGGGGCAGAGAAGGUGUUGUAAAUGAAAGGCCCAUUUUUCAUAAUUUU